CCCCCUCUGCCCCACUCCCAAAAUCUUGACGCCUGACGUCCCCACAAGUGAUCGGCAUGAGUAACACAGCUGAGGAAAACACUGGCGGCGGCGGCGGCGGCAGCACCCCGACGCGCGUUGUGGUAGUCGAGCGCGUGGUGACGGUGGAGUACCUGGAGCCGUCCAUGUCGCGGGAGCUGCUGGGCAAGUUCCCGGACCCAUCCGCCUUCGACUUCGACUACUCGCAGAGCGGAAUCUGGUCGCCGCUCAACAAGGUCCCGCGCGGCGGCGCGUGCGAGCCCGAGACGGCCGACGCCACCAACUCCUCGACCGACUUCCUCAUCGCCAACCCGAAGCGCAGGGCGAGGGCCGGCGGCCGGCCCAAGGACUCGGCCGGCGGCGGGAGGUCCAGGUGGAGGCGCAGACGGCUGCGGCGAGACGGGUCCUUCCUGGACCUCCACGAGACUGGCAGGGCCAGGCUCGACUUCUCGCCGCCGGCACCUUCCCCCGCGAAGGAGGGGUGGAGGUGGGUGCUCAAGGCGGCCAUCAGGAAGUUCAAGGCGCGGCAGCGGCGGUCCCGGCAGGCUCCCCUGCUCCAGAUGGUCCUCCCCAUGCUGUGAUGAUCGAUCGAUCGAUCUCGCGCGCUCACACGAAUUGUGCUUGCCUUUUGUUUCCACUUGUUCCAUCACAGUUCUAUUCAUUGCAUCCGGACGCUGGUCCAUGCCUCGCCUGUAUUAUAGUUGAGUUCAGAUUUGCUUCAAGUUGUAUUGUAACCGUGUAAUGCAGCUAAUGCUCUUGCUGGAGAAAUAUAUUGGUGUACAUCUUUUCAUUCGAUUUCAAUCCCUUCAGGCUCCAAGUGAGAGGAGGAUAUUCAUGGAAC